CUGAGAGGAUGAUGGAGUUGACAUUAGGAGACCCUGAAGGGAACCGACUCGGAUGUGUAUUGUGGAACAAGUACAUAGACCAGUAUAUGGAGUAUGUGACCGAAAAUGUGGGCAGGCCUGUGUAUGUAAUUUUUCAGCUAUGCAGGCCAAAGAGAUACCAAGGCACCCUAUCUGUAUCAUCUUCAUUUGAUGUGUCGAAACUGAUAAUCAAUGGGAACUCAAGCGAGUUUAUUGAAUUUCAAAGCGAAUUUCCUGUGGAUGGUGAUGACAGCGUCACAGCCACAGUUGUCUCACAAUCUUCCCACGGUGAUGGGAGCCGGGAAGAUGUCCUUGCGGGUCAAGCUGGCAUAACGACUAUUCAGGAAUUGGUUAAGGCUACAGAGGAUGGGGUUUACUGGAUCAUCGGAGACAUUGUGUCUCUUGAAAACUAUAGAGAAUGGUGUUACCUUGGCUGUCCCACAUGCUACAAAAAACUAAAACCAGAGGAUGAUAGGUUCAUGUGUACCAAUUGCCAUGUCACAAUGGCAGAUGGGGUGUAUCGGUACAAAGUCAGCAUUUGCAUCAUGGACCAGACUGGUCAUUCAACCUUCAUUCUGUGGGACAGGGAAUGUAUUGAAGUUUUUGGAAAAACAUCUGCUUUUCUGAUGGCUGAGAUGGAGAAGAAGACUGAAGACCAAACUCGAUUUCCAGAAGACAUAGAAAGCUUGGUUGACCAAAAGGCCCUGUUUAAAAUACAACUGAAGACAAAAAGUGAGGAGAAUACUUACAAGAAAACAAAGUCAUUUACUGUGGUGACCAUGAUAAGAGACCCUAAGGUUCUGGCAUUGUAUGGAGCGGAUAAGGAACAAGAAUCAGUGCAUGACACUCCAACUGAGAAGAUUGGGUCAAGUCUGCACAAUGGUGAAAGUUCUACAGCGAGGAAAAAAGGGAAAGAUGUUCAAAAACAAGAGGU